UACCUACUAGGUAGUACCUAGUAGUAUGAGACUGAUAUCAUUGAUGCAUGUUCCCCAAAAGUAUCCCCUGUCGAUAAGAUAUCGGGGCGAUGUUCAAUGUUUACCGGCUAUAAUAGUUAACGUACAAGUACUAAAAUAGCCCCUCUAUAGAAAACCCCACCGUUACUUCUUACUUCUUCCACCCCUCCUUUUUAGUGCUCGUAUGCAAGGGGAGGAGGGGUUCUACUACUUCUUGGACUUUCUUGGUCUCGGACUCGGCGUAAUCGACCCAUAUUAUUCUUACUGUAUUCACUAUAAUUCAGAACCUCAACACCAACAUCUUACUUUGAAACUGCUGCGACAACAACCCCUAUACUUACUCAUACUAACCUGGAUCUUGAUCGGAAGAUAAUCUUGCGCUUCCCUUUGUCCAUGUCGCUGAACUCCGUCACGACUGAGACCACCGUCUUCUAAGACGGAAAGCGAUUACCUAUGAGACACAUCUCCACCUCCAUAUCUCAGCCCUAAGAGGUAGUCACAUCAGGCUCUAUUCGCAUAAUUGGAAUACAAAAGAAAAGAAAUUCAGAGAUAUAGAAGAAUCAAAAGAAACUAGGGCUAAGAAACAAUGCCUGGUCCUCAGAACGGGUCGCCUCCCCUUACAAAUGGCACCAGCCAUAACGAGCUGGAGGCAUUAUGCUGCGAUAUGAAGGCCAAGGUCGACAACUUCCUUGACACGCCGACACAGGACGAAGUACUCAAUUCAGUAAAGAAUCAGAUUAUAAUCGCCAGGGGCGUCAUUGACGAAGCAUUGCGGCGGUAUAGACCCGAAGAACUCUCGCUAUCCUACAAUGGAGGAAAAGACUGCCUCGUCUUGCUCAUCCUAAUACUCGCCUCGCUACCCUCCUCCUCCUCCCUUCAGUCUACAUCCUCGCCGGCGCAUCAACAACCACCCAAAUCAGACACUCCACUCGUACCGCCACCGCCGUUUCCGCAACGCCUACAAGCCCUAUACAUUCGCCCCGCGCUCCCCUUCGCCGAAGUCGACGAUUUCGUCGCAACAACCACAGCUACCUACCACCUAGAUUUAACGCAAUCGAACCAAUCUAUGAAACCUGCACUAACGGAAUACCUGCGCGAUCGCCCGACGGUCAAGGCCGUGUUUGUUGGGACUCGGCGCACUGAUCCCCAUGGCGCCUCCUUGACCUUUUUCGACGAGACCGAUGCCGACUGGCCGCGCUUCAUGCGCAUACACCCUGUGAUCGACUGGCAUUAUCGCGAGGUGUGGGGGUUCAUACGCGCCCUAGGAAUCCCAUACUGUCCUCUGUACGACAAGGGAUACACAUCACUCGGCGGCACCGAUGACACGCACCCAAACCCGGCGCUAAAAGCAGGGGGCAAGGAGAGUAAAACAACGGAAGGGCCACAGUUCCUCCCUGCGUACGAGCUGAUGGAGGAUAUGAAAGAGCGGCUGGGGAGGGAUCCAUAAUGUUGGGUGCAACAUAAAGGAAAAUAAAAGUGUGUUCUAGAUUCGCAUUUUGAACUAGUUUGUAGAUCUACUAAAGUAGAGAGUAGAGUAUACCACCUAGUUAGGCCUUGAAGUGGUUCGGAUGGACCAGGAUUUUUGGGAUAUUAGACGACUACGCAUAAGUAGUGUUCAUAUACAUACCUACCUUAAGUACCUACCUAGGCACACGUAUCUAGGUAUGGAUAGGGGGGAUAGGGGGGGUCUGAAUUAUAAGUAGAUACUCGCUAAAAUACUACAUUACAAUCUAGGACCUAGGGCAUUCGAAUAUAAAAGGCCGGCGGUGGUUUCAGAUAGUAUGCGCGAUAGCUAAAUAUUAGAUUUCUUCUUCA